AGGUACCGGGCCAAGCUGCAGCAUUGCCACGGCCGCUACUCUCAGACUUUGGAACAUGCCAAAUGAUGGGAGAGGGUGACCUAUCCUCUCAUGGUGGCUAUGCAAUCGAGUUUUGUUCACCAGAACGGUUGGAGAGUGAGGAGAUCGGAGAGAAAGGUGAUAUGUGGAGUGCAGGCUUGAUUCUCUAUGCGAUGUGCUUCGGUGACUUGCCAUAUCACAGUGAAGACCCUGCAGAAUGCAGGAGACAAGUCACCAGUCACAAAGUCUUGAUAGAGCCACCUGUCAAAGGGAGGUCUCGUGGUGUCAGUGAAAUACUUUGGAAGGCAAUUUGUAUUUUAACGUCGCGAGCACCAGUGGCAAGACUUUCAGCUCGGCAAUGUGAGAUUUUAGCACUUCAACAGCUUGAGGAGCUUGCAGCGAGUUCGCUUGCCAGGGCACCGAAAACCCCUUCGAUGUUAAUGGACAACUGCCCGCAGCUGGAAGACAGUAUGCCGCAAGCGUUGCAAGAUGGUGACAUUUUGAGCUAGCCAAAAUUUCAGAGAUUUACCGGGACCAAAGCGGUGGUGGAACAUGGCUGAUUCAUGAUGUGCCCUUUGAAUCGUGCGGACUCGCUUUUGCCUUUGCUCCACAUGCAAAAGUCACGCAGGUCCGCACAAAGUCGCGUUGUUUCUCAGUUGUUGGAGAUUAACGGAAACAUUCCUCGUGUUUAUCGAAAUGAAAUGGGAACAUCUCUAACCACUAAUCUCUAUGUUUUGUUAUUACUAAACAAUGAUAUGCAAGGGAAUAUGUAUAAGCUGAUGUCGCAAUAUGUUUGCAAGUUGUGUCGAUUCUUGAGGCUUCCGGAGGGCUAACUUUCUUUUAAGAAAUGUAUCUUUCACAGUUUUUGCAGGAGUUGUCCCAUGUUCGUCCUGCUUUCUUGAUGUACAUAUGAGGGCUAUGAGGGUUGUCAAUGUCAAUACAGUCCUACGGACACCAAGGGCAGCGAAUGGCAGCGACCCUGUUUGGACCACUGACAACGAGUUCAUUUGCGAAAUGGACCCGGAGGUUGAACUCCUUGAAUUGGAGGUCUUCAAUGCGAAUCACCAUGAAUGUCUGGGCAAAGCUUUACUGAGCAUUCCUGACCUCUCUCGAGGUGUUUUACACCGGAGACGGCUGCGUUUGGAAGACGGAUCUGACAGACAAUCACUUGGAGAUGUGUCUGUUGAGGUUCGACGUGAUCAUGUAACCUUUGCAAAGCCAAUGAAGGUUAUGGACAGCGAUGACAGCGAGUUGAGG